ACGGACGGACCGGUUUCAAUCGGUUUUACCACCGUAAUCGUGGGGAGGACUGAGCGCUGAAACAAAAACCCUCUAUCUUAGCAAAACCCCUAGUCCACCUAAACCCCUAGGUCGUUGUAGAUCUGCAUUUGCUCAACUUAGUACCCGAAAGGGGGAGAGAGUAAACGCAGCGAUGAGAAGGAUUCACAGGCUAGCCAUCGUCGGCCGAGCCGCCGUCGAAAGCAGCUCCACCUCUUCUUUCCCCAAGCACCGCCUUCUUCAAACGGCGCUGUACGGAACCACCACCACGACAUCCACCGACCCACGGUGGUUCAAAUUUGGCCUCCCGAGUCGCUGCGUCUCCCACGGCGUCGCCGGAACCAUGUUCUUCUCCGUCGCCGCCACGUCCGUCGCUCAAGAAGUGCACGCCAGCGAGCGGCCUCCUCCGACGUUCCUCCCAAAAGACGUCGUGCUUUAUCAGUACGAAGCUUGUCCUUUCUGCAACAAAGUCAAGGCAUUCUUGGAUUACUAUCGUAUCCCAUACAAGAUCGUGGAAGUCAACCCCAUCAGCAAAAAAGAGAUCAAAUGGUCAGAUUACAAAAAGGUUCCCAUACUUACAGUUGAUGGCGAACAUAUGGUUGAUUCUUCAGAUAUAAUUGAUAAAUUGUUUAAGAAAAUUAAUCCUGAUAAAUCUGUUGAUCCUAUGGAUGAUGAUGAAGAGAAGAAGUGGCGCGGGUGGGUGGAUAACCACUUGGUCCACGUGUUAUCACCCAACAUCUAUCGAACUACUACGGAGGCUCUUGAAUCAUUUGACUACAUCACAACCAAAGGCAAUUUCAGCUUUACCGAGAGGAUUAUAGCCAAAUAUGCUGGGGCAACAGCUAUGUAUUUUGUGUCGAAGAAGUUGAGGAAAAGACAUAACAUCACUAAUGAACGCGCUGCACUGUAUGAAGCAGCAGAAACAUGGGUGAAUGCUCUAAAUGGACGGAAAUUUCUUGGUGGGCUGGAGCCUAAUUUAGCAGAUCUUGCAGUCUUUGGUGUUUUGAGACCCAUUCGACACCUUCAAUCUGGUAGGGAUAUGGUGGAGCACACUCGCAUUGGUGAGUGGUAUGAUCGCAUGGAAAGCGCCGUGGGGAACUCUUCUAGUACCAAGGCGUGAAGUGUAUUCCAUUUUGUCUUUUAGGUUGAAAUUUUGAAUUCCCCAUGAUCUUCGGGUUAUUUCUUAUGCAUAUGUUCACACAUAAUUUUUUCAAUGUUUUUAUUGCAAAAAAAUGAAUUAUGUGUCAAUAAGUUAAAGCUUAGGCAUUCAAACUCGCAAUGGAAUAAAUGCAGGAAGGUGGUGUUGGCCCCUUUUAUGUGAUCA